AUGCCACAAGAAAACAUCUUAUCAAAUAUCUUUGCAUCUUCUCCUGGCAAGAACUUGAGAGGGUUGAAGGGUUUAGUCUCCAACAAUGAUCAGGCUCAUAAUCCUUAUGCAAACCCAGAUGAGUUCAUCAAUGACUAUGAGUUGGCUCAGAGAAAAGCAGAAGAAGCAGCUGCAAGGAGAUACCAAGCAGCAGAAUGGCUGAGGAAGAUGGACUAUGGUGCCUCAGAAACACUGUCUAAAGAACCCUCUGAAGAAGAGUUUCGCCUUUCCCUCCGCAAUGGCUUAAUUCUCUGCAAUGUCCUCAACAAGGUCAAUCCUGGUGCUGUUCUCAAGGUGGUGGAAAAUCCUAUUAUUGCUGUUCAGUCAACAGAAGGGGCAGCACAGUCUGCAAUUCAGUAUUUUGAGAACAUGAGGAAUUUCCUUGAGGCUGUCAAAGCCAUGAAGCUUUUGACAUUUGAAGCCUCUCAUUUGGAAAAGGGAGGCUCAUUGAGUAAAGUUGUAGACUGCAUUCUGUGUCUCAAAGGUUACUAUGAGUGGAAGCAAGCAGGUGGAAUUGGAGUUUGGAGGUAUGGAGGGACUGUGAAGAUCACAUGCUUCCCAAAAGGGUCAUCAUCCUCCGUCGGAGGCAGUGAAAGCGCUGAUGAGUCAAUAGAUGAAUCUGAUUCAUCACAAUUUGAACAACUAUUGGAUUUUCUUCAUCUCUCUAGUGAAGUGUCAACUGAGGAAUCCAGAACUGCCGCUGUUUUGGCUUUCCUUUUCGAUCGUUUUGGCCUUGGACUUCUUCAAGCUUACCUUCAUGAGAGUAAUGGGAUUGAAGAUUUUCCUUUGAAUACAAUGGUAAUAGAUACUUUACUAAGCAAGGUAGUCAAGGAUUUCUCAGCAAUACUUGUUUCUCAAGGCACUCAGGUCGGCAUGUUUUUGAAGAAACUAUUGAGAGGUGAUCUUGGUGCUAUGUCAAAGUCUGAAUUUUUAGAAGCCAUUAAAAAUUAUCUAGCACAAAGAAGUCGUAUCGUUUCGAGUGAUCUGUCCAACUUCUGUAUUUGUGGCGGAAAACGUGACGCUGUCCAUCCUAGUAUUAGUCACUCAUCCGAUCAUGAAGAUCUAAUUAAAAUUCAACACAAGCAGCUUGAGGAGUUAAAGUCAUCUUUCCAGAAAACAAGACUCGAAGUCAAACUUGCUCAUACAAACUGGGAGGAGGAACUUAGAAGGCUUGUGCACCAUAUUAAAGGUCUUGAAGUGACUUCCUCUUCUUACAACAAAGUUCUUGAAGAAAACAGAUUUCUCUACAAUCAAGUUCAAGACCUCAAAGGAACAAUAAGAGUUUAUUGCAGAGUGAGGCCCUUCUUAGGUCAAUCAAAUGGACAGUCCUCUGUGGAUUACAUUGGAGAAAAUGGAACCAUCAUGAUUGUUAAUCCCCUUAAACAGGGAAAAGACUCUAGAAGGGUCUUUACCUUCAACAAAGUGUUCAGAACAAAUGUCACACAAGAGCAAAUAUAUGUUGACACUCAACCAUUGAUCCGUUCAGUUUUAGAUGGCUACAAUGCCUGCAUUUUUGCAUAUGGACAAACUGGUUCGGGGAAGACAUACACCAUGAGUGGCCCUGAUUUGACAAGUGAAGAAACAUGGGGAGUGAACUAUAGAGCGCUGCGCGACUUAUUUCAAAUAUCAAAGGAAAGGUUGGACAUAAUAAGAUAUGAAGUUGCAGUACAGAUGAUAGAAAUAUACAACGAACAAGUGAGAGACCUCUUAGUUAGUGAUGGUUCUACCAGAAGAUUAGAUAUACGAAACAAGUCACAGCUGAAUGGCCUUAAUGUACCUGAUGCGAGUUUGGUUCCAGUUAGUUGCACUCAAGAUGUUCUUGAGUUGAUGAAAGUUGGCCAUAGAAAUCGUGCUGUUGGUGCUACUGCUCUGAAUGAAAGAAGCAGCCGGUCUCAUAGUGUCUUAACAGUUCAUAUUCUUGGAAAGGAGUUGGCUUCUGGUUCUAUUCUAAGGGGUUGCCUCCAUCUCGUGGAUUUGGCAGGGAGCGAGAGGGUUGAUAAAUCUGAGGCCACUGGUGAGAGACUAAAGGAGGCUCAACAUAUAAAUAGAUCGCUUUCUGCACUUGGAGAUGUUAUCUCUGCUCUUGCACAGAAGAGCGCGCAUGUUCCUUACAGGAAUAGUAAACUUACUCAAGUCUUGCAAGAUUCUUUAGGUGGUCAAGCCAAAACAAUGAUGUUCGUACAUAUAAACCCGGAGCUUAAUGCUCUUGGGGAGACGAUUAGUACACUCAAGUUUGCUGAAAGGGUUGCGUCCAUAGAACUUGGGGCAGCUAAAUCUAAUAAAGAAACCAGUGAAAUACGGGAACUCAAAGAAGAGAUAUCAGAUCUUAAACUGGCACUGGAGAGAAAGGAAGCUGAACUACACCAAAUCAAAGGUGGUACAAGAAAUGCCGUUGAUCCCCAAAAGUCAAGAGCUGUUUCACCUUAUCGUCUUCCAAGAGGAAUUAGCAAGCAAGAAACCUGUCAGCGACCCUUAGAUGAUGCUAAGAUUUCUGAGGCAAGAAGUUGUUCUUCGGGCAAGCAAAGGAGACCGAGAUUUCCCUCUGCAUUCACAGAGAAAGAGAUCAUCCCAAAGAUACCUUUUCCAGCUGAAGAAAGAUUAGUGAUCUCUGGAAAGCACAGAUCACCAUCCCCUCCAGUCAGGCGAUCAAUAUCUACUGAUAGAGGGGCUGUCAUUAGAUCCAGAGUUAAGGCUGACACAACAGAAAACCAACUGAUUGUGAAACCAAGAUUUCCAGCUAGAGUACCAGUCAAUAAAUCUCUUGCGAGUACCAUGUCAUCAAACCCAUCAACAGAGAACUCUAGGGUACUAAGUACACAAGAACCAACAAAGCAUGAUGACAUCUCAGAUGCAUUGUACAGCUUCCAGAAGGCCAAAAAAGUUCAUCCAGAAAAUGAAGACGAGCAGUAUAAGCAAGCUCUUAACGUAAGACAAGGCGGUAUCAGAAAAAGCAAAAAUGAGACCAAGGCUAAGGCCAAGCAGAACCGAAUACCAAAGUAUGAUGCAGCGACAGCAUUGUCUUCUGACUUGAAUGGUCGGGAAAGGAUGGAAGAGGCUCGAAAGAGUGACUUUUCGGAGCCAGAAAAUGAGCAUAUCCGCAUCAGUUCACCCAUGCAUCCUUCUUUGAUGGAAAAAAAGCUUCGGCAAAACUCAUCAAGGAACUAUAUAAAUCUUGAACCACGAGGAUCUGUGCAAGCAGCAGAACCAUUAAUGGCUGGGAAAACAGAAAACAAGCUUCCAAAUGGUGCAAAUCGAUAUCAGAAAGAAGGCAGCAAUAUGUCCAUGCCUGAAUUAAGAAGAAGCCGGUCUACACCUCGCGGGAAAUUUUUUAACUUUACUUAG